AUGGCUGUUAUAGCUUUUGUAGACUGGGAUGGACAGGCAGAUGUAUUCUGGAUUCUCAAGAGGAAUGAUGGCUUGCAAGACUCAGUGGGAUACUCUCACAAUGCUGGGAGCUGCAGCAAGCCACAGCACAUGGUCAGCCACAUGACCAUGAAGGUGAACAACUGGUACUGUGUUCUGCUGCUGGACUAUAGCGUCAAUGUAAUACAUUUCAAUAAGACACAUUUCGUAUUAGAGCAUCACUGUUGUGUUAUUGGUACUUGUGUAGAUGUUGAAAGUGUGAUGAACAGCGUGGUAUCACUCCUGUUGAUCCUGGAACCAGACAAGCAAGAAGCAUUGAUUGAGAGCCUAUGUGAAAAGCUGGUUAAGUUUCGGGAAGGCGAGCGCCCAUCUCUGAGACUGCAGCUGCUAAGCAACCUUUUUCAUGGGAUGGAUAAGAAUACUCCUGUAAGAUACACCGUGUACUGCAGCCUCAUUAAAGUGGCUGCAUCUUGUGGGGCCAUCCAGUACAUUCCAACUGAGCUGGAUCAAGUGAGAAAAUGGAUUUCUGACUGGAAUCUCACCACUGAAAAGAAGCACACCCUUUUAAGACUACUUUAUGAGGCACUUGUGGAUUGUAAGAAAAGUGAUGCUGCUUCAAAAGUCAUGGUGGAAUUGCUUGGAAGUUACACAGAAGACAAUGCUUCCCAGGCUCGAGUUGAUGCCCACAGGUGUAUUGUACGAGCACUGAAAGAUCCAAAUGCAUUUCUCUUUGACCAUCUUCUUACUUUAAAACCAGUCAAGUUUUUGGAAGGCGAGCUUAUUCAUGAUCUUUUAACCAUUUUUGUGAGUGCUAAAUUGGCAUCCUAUGUCAAAUUUUAUCAGAAUAAUAAAGACUUCAUUGAUUCACUUGGCCUGUUACAUGAACAGAACAUGGCAAAAAUGAGACUGCUUACUUUUAUGGGAAUGGCAGUAGAAAAUAAAGAAAUUUCUUUUGAUACAAUGCAGCAAGAACUUCAGAUUGGAGCUGAUGAUGUUGAAGCCUUUGUUAUUGAUGCAGUGAGAACUAAAAUGGUCUACUGCAAAAUUGAUCAGACCCAGAGAAAAGUAGUGGUCAGUCAUAGCACACAUCGGACAUUUGGAAAACAGCAGUGGCAACAACUGUAUGACACACUUAAUGCUUGGAAACAAAACUUGAACAAAGUGAAAAACAGCCUUUUGAGUCUUUCUGAUACCUGAAAUUUAAUGCAUAUAAUUUUGUUCUUUUGGGGGGAAAAAAAAAGAAAUCCUAGUAAAAUAUACUGAAAUCUUUUAUAGUCUG